GCCAGGAAUUCCUCAGCUAUUAGACUAUGAUGAAAUUCCUAGAGACAGCAGAGCAGAUGCCAUCCCAAUCCCCUCCCUCCUGUAUCAGCCUGUACCUGAUCUCCCUCCUAUACCAGAGCGAUGUCUGAGCUGGGACUACUGGGCGCCUGGAUGGUCCUCCUGCCCCGGGACUGAGCUCACCCCCCUUUUUUUUCUUUCCCCGCAGUGGGCAGAGGAGGAUUUUUGGAUGUCUUUUCCCCUAUUUGGAGAGGCGGGUUCAGCCCUGACGUGUUGUGUGUGUGCUGGGAGCUGAGCUCUGCAGUCCAGCCCCUACUCCACUUCCCAGCGGAUCCUUCCUUCCCUGACUUCCCGGACACUUCCAGGACCUCUCCGCAUGGAUUGUACCCCCUAGGCUGCACUGUAUGGAAUUCCUUCUGGAUCUCCUCCUGGGCACCUGUAUGACUUCAUAUGCUCUUUGGACACUUACCUCCGCCUCGUCUACACUCAGUUGUAGGUGACGAUGAUGGUCCGGUUCCUGAUUGGCUUCCUGCUUCCGCUGGCGAUAUUCGCGGCUCCGCCUCCCAUUAACCGGUUGGCCCUUUUCCCGGAUAAGAGCGCCUGGUGCGAGGCCAAAAACAUCACCCAGAUCGUCGGCCACAGCGGCUGCGAAUCCAAAUCCAUCCAGAACAGGGCGUGUCUGGGCCAGUGCUUCAGCUACAGCGUCCCCAACACCUUCCCGCAGUCCACCGAGUCCCUGGUGCACUGCGACUCCUGCAUGCCGGCCAAGUCCAUGUGGGACGUGGUGACCCUGGAGUGCCCGGGGAACGAGGAGGUGCCGCGGGUGGACAAGCUGGUGGAGAAGAUUCUGCGUUGCAGCUGCCAGUCCUGCGGGAAGGAGCUCAGCCAGGAGAGCGCCAUGUUUAACGUUUACCUGAACACGGCGGAGGAGACCCUCUCCCCGGCCGAGAACAUCGGACGCCACCAGCACCAUCAGGAAGAGGAGACGCCCCCCACGGCCCAACGCGACGGCGAGAGCGAGGAGUGAGCCGCCCCCCCCCCCCGCCAAGCUUCAAAAGACUUGUCCCUCCCGCGCGUAGGUGGACGCUCCGCCAUGGCCAACCGGCGCCCAACGUUCCACAGACAGAGACUGCAACACGUAAACUUUUUCCAUGCCGGAGAGUCGGAGGGGCUCCCGGCGAGACCCAAAAUUAAAAACCAAAGUCCCCCCCCGAUUCCUUCCCGUCCCCAUCGUGGCCGGAAACCAGGAUAUCGGUCAGUUCUGUUGGUUGCCCCAUCGCCACCCGACUGCAACGCCAAGAUGUAUGCCAAGACCUGACCUAUCAUGAAAUUUUACACUUCGUGCCAAUCGGUUUACGUCAACCGGACGACGGCGUGGAUCUGCCAGUUGCGCCAAAUCAGAUCUUGAAGGGGAGCUCCACCACCUAAAAGACGCAAAGUCAGUCGGCAAGAGUCACGAGGUCAACAAGUUGGAAAUAUCAGGAGGGAGUUUAGAUUUCCCCGGCCCAUUAUUAAAAAGGCUCUCGUGGCCGAGGGUUCCAGACCUCCCCCCUCCCCCCUUAUAUCUGGCCUCACAAUUGGGCGGAAAUUUGUUUAGUUGCGAAUUCGUUUUUUUUUUACGUUUUUUUUACAUUUCCGAAUUUUCGGGUUUUUAGAUUUCCGAAAUUGCAAAUUUU